UGCCUCACUAUGGUUGCGCAAACCUUUGUAAAAGAAAACAGAGAAGUCGUGUCUAAAAAAAAGUAAAAAACGACGUACGUAUACACUUUCACAAUCAGCAAUAAAUUCCACCUCCGGUUCUAAGUUUUAAAAAAUAGCAACAGUUUUAACAACAAAAGUAGCAGGAAGAAUGAAUAUUUGAUAAGGAGUAACAACCUGGAAGCAGCUCAGCCCAAAUGGCAGAUUCAUAUCAGGCUCGAAGAGUCGCCGGUGUUACUGGCGGUGACAUUCUCUUCGAAGAUUUUGAUUUCUCCUUCAAACAGCAAAUAACUCACGUAGCCAAUCUCGAGAAGGCUGUUGAACAAUACAGUGCUGCAAUUAAAGAAGCCAAAUCAUGUAUGCAGAAUGUUAACGAGUGCCUGGCUGAGUUCUACGAGGACUUCUGGCCGAAACAUAAGGAAUACAAAGUUGCAAUAAAGGACAGUGCAGCAGUUUGGAGUAUCUUAAUCCGACAUACACACGAACUCGGAGAACCUGUGCGACGAUUUAAACAACUUGGAUUAGAUGCACAGAAAUACCUUAAAACUCAUGACACGAAGCUCCAACACGGACGAGUCUCAGAGAGAGCACGAGGUGGCGACAGGAAUCCAGAGAUGUUUCAAAAUAUGUUACAAACAGGAUCAGAAGACAGGCGUGAUAAGCUGAAGGGUGUGAAUGAUGAAAUGGUCGAAGAUCUUAACCAGCUAUUCCAACAGCGAGGAGGCUUCGUUAUCGACAUCUUCAAGUCAGUCUACACAGCUCAUAAUGACUUCUAUUCAGAAUCAUCCAAAAUCUCGGGAACUGUUCUUCAAAUGGUGAUCGACUUGGAGAACGUCCGGCUUGAAAUGAGUGUCGGUCAGGGACGGCAUCGACGAGUCUCCAGCACAAACGCACAACGUAUCGGCUGGGCUACAACCGCCCACACCAAUUACGAGUCUUAUCAACCUCCUCCUCCUACUAGCAACAAGGGAUACCAACAAACAUCUUUUCCCCCUCCUCCAAUGGUAGGGGUAUCCAAACUGGGAGUUCGUCCGAAGCCGGUCGUGCAGGAUAUCGCAAGACCGAUUUCUGUCGGCGCACAAGGAAGGGGAAAUGAUAUGAUAGCAAAGCCUAUCUAUAAAGGCAAGUUGGUAUCCAUUUACAUCUAA